CGACGGUGGCCGCACUGGGAGGAAAAUCUCUGAACGCAAGUUCCGCGGCUCCAGAGAGCGGGGGAGGCGGGCGCUGCGCGUGCGCAGAGGUGUGGUCGGGAAGGUGAGCUGAGGCUGGAGUUGGGAACGCGGCGCCUGUGAGUGUGGAAGCCAUAAAACGUAAAAUAGGAGCUGUCAGCAGCCAAAUGUCCUGCCAUGUGGAACCAGCUGGUCUGCAAUGAAAAAGAAUGAAGCCAACAUGCAGAAAACAGCAGAGAACCAUGUGUGCUCAGUACUGCAUCUCCUUUGCUGAUGUUGAAAAAGCUCAUGUCAACAUUCAAGAUUUUAUUCACCUCACACCAGUGCUAACAAGUUUCAUUUUGAAUCAAGUAACAGGGCGCAAUCUUUUCUUCAAAUGUGAACUCUUCCAAAAAACUGGAUCUUUUAAGAUUCGUGGUGCCCUUAAUGCAAUCAAAGGCUUGACUCCUGCCACCUCAGAAGAGAAGCCCAAAGCUGUGGUUACUCACAGCAGUGGAAACCAUGGCCAGGCUCUCGCUUAUGCUGCCAAAUUGGAAGGGAUUCCUGCUUAUAUUGUGGUGCCCCAAACAGCUCCCAAUUGUAAAAAAUUGGCAAUACAAGCCUAUGGAGCCUCCAUAGUGUACAGUGAACAGAGUGAUGAGUCCAGAGAAAAUGUUACAAGAAGAAUUAUGGAAGAAACAGAAGGCAUCAUGGUACAUCCCAACCAGGAGCCUGCAGUGAUAGCUGGGCAAGGGACAAUUGCCAUGGAAGUACUAAACCAGGUACCCUUGGUAGAUGCGCUGGUGGUACCUGUAGGAGGAGGAGGAAUGGUUGCUGGAAUAGCAAUUACAGUUAAGGCUCUGAGACCUACUGUGAAGGUAUAUGCUGCUGAACCCCUGAAUGCAGAUGACUGCUACCAGUCUAAGCUGAAAGGGGAACUGACUCCUAAUCCCUGUCCUCCAGAAACCAUAGCAGAUGGUGUCAAAUCCAGCAUUGGCUUAAACACCUGGCCUAUUAUAAGGGACCUUGUUGAUGAUGUCUUCACAGUCACAGAGGAUGAAAUUAAGUAUGCAACCCAGCUGGUGUGGGAGAGGAUGAAACUGCUUAUUGAACCUACAGCUGGUGUUGGAGUCGCUGCUGUGCUGUCUCAGCAUUUUCAAACAGUUUCCCCAGAAGUAAAGAACAUUUGUAUUGUGCUCAGUGGUGGAAAUGUAGACCUAACCUCUCUAACUUGGGUGAAGCAGGCUGAAAGGCCAGCUCCUUAUCAAUCUGUUUCUGUUUAGUUUAUGCAAAAGAGAUGGCAUUCAGUAUCUCUAAACACUUGGAAAUUUUGUUUCCUGGUUACUUUAACUUCCUAUAUUCCUCUCUUAAACAGCUUUCAAAUUCCUAAUGGAGAGUGGACGUUUCAGUAAUAGUUUUUUUUUUUUUUAACUAAGUAGCAAGAGAAAAACAUCCAUAGUUUACUGAGACACCUUGUCAAGGCCAAGAAAAGCCUUUGCAAAAAGGCAGUAGACCUCUAGGCUAAAGUAGAAAACACAAACUUUGCCUAAUUACAACCUGUAGGCUCCCAUCCCUAGAGUGUUUCCUAGUAACAAUGAGACAGGAUCCCAAUGAAUCCAUUACUCCAUGUCCACUUCAGGCACUGCUAAAGAAAUCUCACUUUUCAUCCAUGGUACUGGUUCUGGUACACAUGGAUCAUAAGUCCAUUUGGGGAAAACUCGUUUAUAGAGGUUCAUCAGUACUGUGUCCUGAGAUUUUAGCUUCCCAUCAAAACUGCACUUCAUGUGGCCAUGAGUACCUAGAAAGAAAACAGCAAGUUGGUCAAAUUAAAAUAGAAAAUUUUAAAGUAGUAGUCUUCUAACCCAAGAGUCAUUUAGUAGCCCUGGGAAAACCUGGGCAAGGCACCAAAUCCCAUGUUUUCUUACCCAAAGGCUCCUUGAUGUGUCCCCUGCGGCCCCACUUUGUUCUCAGUUCCACUGGUUUAAACCACAACACAUCCUCUUAGAAUGAAACACAUAGAAGACCAAGAUGAAACAUACACCCACAAAACGUAAACCCAACCCUCACCCCACAAAGGCAAUCUGAUCCCAUCCUUCACACCUACCUCUGUUGAAGAACAUGUAACGCACUACUGCCAUCUUAGUAAAAAUUUUGAAAGGAUGACCACUCAAAACAACUCUUUUGAUGACCAUUCUGUCCGGAUCCACUGACAGGAGAGAGCCUGUGGCAAUGAGGCUGUGCAUUCCUAAGGAGCAAAAGCAGAGUAGCAGGCGUGUAAGCCAAGGCCUUCAUUUGUUGCUCCAGUCCAUUUAAAGACCUAAACAAACUCUUAGAGAAACCUUAAAGUAGGGAUAUGUUAUGCUGCCCUCCUGGAUCAAUGGCAAAGAUCAUUAAAGGAAAUUCCCACUAAGCCUGGCCCCAGAACCUAUCCUAAAUAUAACAGUCUGAGCAGCAUCUACCAAUUAGCUAUGCUUUGCAAGCAAGAUAAAACCCCGUUUGUCAUCCUUGCCUCAGACCAUCAUGAGGCUGAGACUGGGAUGUUUCAAAAACUAUCAUUACCUUCUUCAUACCAAAUGGCUCUUAUAUCUAAACACAGAAUAUAGUUUUAAACUUAUAAAGGACCUGCAGGCCUGUUCACCUCAGUGAACUUACCAUUGCUAUUCUGUUUGAAAAGCAGCACAGAUGCAGGCGGAAACGUGAUUGGGCCAUAUACUGUCACCACCAGGGCCACAUCAGCAGUCAGGAAUCUCUGAAACUUAUGUUUAUCCGCUACCAUAACAGGGGUUAAAAAAGAAAAACGAAAACGUUUUUGAGAAACCAUAGGUAAUCCAGAAACCUGUGAAAAGCUGUAUCACUGUAACUCUUAAACCGAAGGCAACUUAUGUUUCUUUACCAGGCUAAUUCUCAAAGUAUUUUCCUACCUCAAUACAACUGAAAGAUACAACUCAGUUCUUAACUGGAGGCAGAAUCUUGGAGCUUGGACUAUAUUUAGGGUUUGAAAAAAUUCUCCAGAUGAUUGAUACUUAUCACCCCUACACCUCAUUUGAGAAACAAUGCUUUACAGAGAAUAUCUCCACUAAAUCAACAGCUCUUAGUUUUGGGCAAGGAUUGGCAGACAUUUUCUAUAAAGGGCCAGAUAGUAAAUAUUUCAGGCCUGUGGCCAUAUAGUCUCUAUUCCAACUACUACUCAACUGUGCCACUAGAGCAGAAAAAUAGCCGCAGACAAUACGUAAGAAAAAAACCCCACAACUGUGUUCCAACAAAAUUUUAUUUAACAUAACCAAGAGGUGGGGCAGAUUUGGCCUAAGGGCCAUACUUUGCUGAUCUCUGAUCCUGAGGCCUACCUAAGCUUCUGCUUUAAUCUUCAAUGAAACCCUCCCCGCUUCUUAUUACUAAAGUUAUAGAGAAAUAAAACAUUUUAAAGGAAAGAGAGGUUUAUCGCUCAUUUAGAUAGCAUGGCUAGUAAGAACAAAAAUUAUCCAAAGCAUCCAUUAAUACUGCCUUCAUCAUCUUCCUCCAGCCAUUGCUGAGAGCUGAAUGUGUGCAGCUGAUGUUCAGAAACCUCCAAAUUAGUGAAAAGUAUAUUCCCACUCCUAAUGUGUAGGAGUAUAAUCAUUUUACCAUAAAAGUGUCCCUGGUCACCACUCUCCAACAUCUAGUCUCAACAUCUCAGACGCCAGCCACAUACUUCUCUUACCCAACUGUGGGCCACCCUUAGCCUUCACCCACACUGCCAAUGACCAUCUGCCAAGGGUUCUACACUUUGACACACCAUUUUAUAGAGCCCCUGACUCCCAUUCAAAACCACUGUGCAACAAAUACUCAUGGCAGAAAAGCCUCAGCACCACACAGAGGUUGCAUCACUGGGAUGCUUCAGACAGGUUCAGACAUUGUGAAUAAAAGCAUCAUUGGCUCCUAGACCAGAGUACUGAAAAUAUCCCUAACCCAGAAACCUAGAGUUUGAAAUUGUGUAUUCCGCAAAUCGCCACUACAAAUCGUAGUCCCCCAGAAGACAUUAGAUGGACAAGAACCCAGAACCUUCCCCACUGCUUUACCUGCAGUGUGCUGAGAGAAUAAAGGUGAGGCUCGGAAGCGCCUGAACCCACAGUGGAAGAUCAGCUCCUCUUUGGCUUUCACAGGUUCAGUGUUGCCAGAGUGCCGGCUCACCACCAUAUUCAGUACUGACAUCUGGGGACCACAUAAGAAAAAAAGACCUUCAUAUCUAAAAUAGAGCAGCCUUAAUUGAAAGAAGGUGAACCAAACUAGCAGGUUCAGAUUCCCUUUAAUACUUACUUAUGGAGAAGUAUAGCUGACAAAACGAGAUUCACCUUUUAUAUUUACCAACAACUGGUAUUCAAGUCAAACACAGGCUGGUUUUCAGAGCCUUUCACGUAUCCUUCUAUAUAAGCUAAGCUUCCGGUGUCUAACAUUGCAAAAGCUCAACAUCUGCCACAAAAUCAGUGCCUUCAAGUCAUUCACUCAGCACAUGCCUCAAAACCAUACUCAUUCAAGACCCUUCCCUCCUCGACUCGCAAACUGACCGAAGGCCAGAGCGCUCACAUCCAUGCCCACACACAUGACUGCUGGCCACCAAGAUAAAAAAAGAGAUCUACGUCGUGGCAUAACCCCCACCCCCUUUAAGGCUGCCAACCCUUGGUUAAAAAUCUUAUCUGAUGAACAUACUUAGAGAAGUCUCAGAACACAGAGAUUGCAUCACUGAGAUGCUUCAGACAGGUUCAGACAUGUUGGGUAACACCAUCAUUGACUUCUCUAUCAUAUUCUUUUGAUUCCUAAUCCUAAAGCAGAUUUUUCAGAUCCCAAUGAGGAAAAUGUCAGCCACAUAAAAUUUUAGACUGUCAUACAAUACAAAACUGAUUGGAAAGUUUCAUAACUCUCCACUUCCCACAAGACACUAACUCACCUUCUGUUCAUGAGGUAGUAAAGAAAAUGCAAUCAAGGGUGCUCCUCGCUUAAAGUACUCAUACACUGAGACAGGGACUUUAGAGACAUGAAGUGUGACAUACCAGCCAACCUGCCAGAAGAAAACAGAAAAUAAUCAUGCAGUUACCCUUGAGGUCUCAAUAAUGAUGAAGCAUUUCUCCAAAUAUGUUGAAAGUUAUUUAGACUACUCUAAAGCCUACCCUCAUCCUUCAAAACUGCCUUUCACAGAUGCCUCAAUACAUAGAUUAAACUUUUUCAGUUAC